AAAACCGGUCAUCCACCUCCACCUCAUCAACUCAUUCAUCAUUCUAAAAAUAUCAUAAGACAUAAACCCCCCGGAAAAGUAAUUCAAAAACCAGUCGGGAAAUAUUCUCUUGUUUUCCUUCGUUUUCAUCAAUUUUUCUACCAAACCAAUCGCAGCUCCUUUUCUUCGAACUCCAAAUACACAACCGAUUUUCGGUGGGAGAUACCUUCUGAAUCGGUGUGCCAAAUCUCUUGGAGAAAACAUGUUCCUUGUCGACUGGUUCUAUGGAGUUCUGGCAUCGCUGGGUCUCUGGCAAAAGGAGGCGAAGAUCUUGUUCCUUGGUCUUGAUAAUGCCGGAAAAACUACCUUGCUGCACAUGCUAAAAGAUGAGAGAUUAGUUCAGCAUCAACCGACGCAGUACCCGACGUCGGAGGAGCUGAGUAUUGGGAAGAUAAAGUUCAAGGCUUUUGACUUGGGUGGACAUCAGAUUGCUCGCAGAGUCUGGAAGGACUAUUAUGCCAAGGUGGAUGCCGUGGUGUACCUGGUCGAUGCUUACGACAAGGAGAGAUUUGCAGAGUCAAAAAAGGAGCUUGAUGCGCUACUCUAUGAUGAAUCGCUGGCAAAUGUCCCGUUCCUUAUCCUAGGAAACAAGAUUGACAUACCUUAUGCUGCCUCGGAGGAUGAAUUGCGGUAUCAUAUGGGCUUGACCAACUUCACCACGGGUAAGGGAAAGGUUAAUUUGAGCGAUUCCAACGUCCGUCCCCUUGAGGUUUUCAUGUGCAGCAUUGUUCGGAAGAUGGGAUAUGGUGAAGGUUUUAAGUGGCUCUCUCAGUACAUAAAGUAGACAAGGUUUAAAGUGCUGCAGUAUCUCGACAUUUGAGUUGGUGUCGUUGGGGGAAUUUUAAGCAUAGGUGUUGAUGUAACGAGAAUAUAUAUUGUCUAUGGUAGUUGCCUUUGUUUUUAGCCGAAGUUUGUUUUCUACCUAUUUCUUUGGUAGCAUAGAUAAGCUGUGUUUUGUUCCCACUCUGUAUUGGUAUCUAAAUUGCAGAACUAAUAAAGGGAUUGAGGUUCAGUUGAGAAA